AUGGAGCAGCGUGCAAGGGGACUGGCGGCGCAGCAGCCGUGCAUAUCGGGCUUUGUUUUGGUAGCACAAAGUCGAAUGCCCUUUUUGCGAAGUCUGACGGGUCCGCUGCAGCCCCGAGGGGCGUUGUUCGCCCGCACUGGGUCGCCAAUCGCACGGAGCGUAGCACCACAGGCGGCGCUUCGCUUCGAAUCCCUCCGUGGUACUGGUACUCGAGCAGUAAUGGGGUUUGCCCCUGUCUCAAGUGUUGAAGCGGCUCUCCCUAGACCACCUUCAAGGUACGCAGGCAGUAUCGCUGGGAGCCGAUCAUCGUUUACAAGUUGCGAAGAGCUUUGCAGGAAACCCGUCUGGACUAGGCUUCCGUCGCCCGCUACUUUAGGCAGGAUGCCGCGAUAUGCAUCGAUAAUAGUGCGUUCCCGCUCCAGCAAUACCAACCGAGCCCUCCGAUUCUUGGACAUGCAUCGCGGCGGUACCGCUAAGGCCAGCCAGGAAGUGACCCCGUGGUAUCAGUAUGAUGCUCGCUGGUCCCAGGUUUUAUCGAACCCUACGAAUGUUCUUGAACUUCCGCCGCUGCCGCCGCAUCUGGUGCGGGUGCGCUUUGCGCCAUCCCCAACAGGGAACCUGCACGUCGGCGGAGCCCGCACCGCGCUCUUCAAUUGGCUCUAUGCACGCAAUCAAGGAGGUUAUUUCAUCAUACGGAUCGAGGACACUGAUCAAGCUCGUUCGAGUCGUGCCUCUGAACUCGCCGUUCUGCGGGACUUGCGAUGGCUUGGCCUCGACUGGGACGAGGGUCCAGCUUAUCCCGAUGAGCCGACCACCGAGCCGUACCGCGGGGAACGCGGCCCCUACCGCCAGUCCGAGCGAUCUGCCAUCUAUGAGGCUGCAGCAGCGAAACUCAUCGAAUCGGGAGCAGUCUAUCCCUGCUUCUGUACCGAGGAACAACUGGAACGGAAACGUCGUUUGGCUGAGGCAGAACAUCGUGCGCCCCAGUACGAUGGUACCUGUCGCGAUGCAGAUCCAGCCCUUAUCCGCAAACGGCUGCAACGCGGGGACCCGUACACCUUACGGUUCCGAGUACCUGCUGGGACUCGUGUGGAAAUCAGGGACGUUAUUCGUGGCGAUAUUGCCUGGGACGCGAACGCAACGAUUGGUGAUUUUAUUAUCGUGCGUUCUUCAGGUCUACCGGUCUAUAAUUUUUGCGUCGCAGUAGAUGAUGCGCUUAUGGGUAUCACCACGGUCAUCCGUGCAGAAGAGCAUCUGACGAAUACGCUGCGACAGGCUCUUAUUCUGGAUGCGCUUGGCUAUGACCGACCCCAGUAUGCGCAUGUUUCGCUGAUUCUCGGAGCGGACCGCCAAAAGCUCAGCAAACGGCACGGGGCCACGUCAAUCGAUCAGUACGCACGUGAAGGAUUUCUUCCAGAAGCCAUGAUGAAUUACUUGGCGCUCCUUGGAUGGAAUGACGGUACGGAAAGGGAAAUCUAUUCGGUGGAGGAGCUCAUCAAGGCGUUCUCCCUUGACCGCAUCACCAAGUCGGCGGCUGUUUUUGACGCAAACAAACUUCGAUGGAUGAAUGGACUUCAUUUGAGAUCCAUGCCUCCGGAGAAAUUAUGCGGUGUCCUCAUUAGAUUCUGGUUGGAUGCGAACGUCAUUCAGCGACCUGCAGAGGAGAUUGACGUUGAUGUGCCAACACGAGCUGCCGCAGGUGUUGCCCAGUCUGCGUCUGCGUUGCGGUUCUGGGUUUUCACGAGCAGGGCAACGGAGCUGUUACGUGGUUCCAUAGAAUUAGCUAAGGAUUGUGUGCCCUUGCUACAAGAUAUCCUGGAAUAUCCACUGGAAGAAACAAUUGAAAGUGGCGAUUCGGAUGAAUUGCUCACUCCACAGGGCGGAUUCCUUGACAUUGCCACCGCGGUGCUGGAGCGUUACAGAAAGGGCGAAAUUCCUUUUGGAGAUGAAAUUGAGCCUGACCCUGAAAUGAUGGUUCCAAACGCGCCGUCCCUGACCUCGGAGGAUCCCUUUAUCGAAGACUGGAAAGCGUGGGUCAAAGGUAUUGGUACGCAGCUUGGGCGCAAGAGUAAGCGCCUGUUUCAUCCUAUUCGCUUGGUCAUGACGGGCCGCAUGACUGGCCCGGACGUUGGUGAGAUCAUGCGCAUAUUAGGACUUGCGAAAGGGGUUGUCCAAGUGCCAUAUGUACCACUGUCAGAGCGAAUGCGUAUUCUGGAGCGCGUCGUGAAGAAGCUACGGACUGAACGUGAAGCGACUACGUCAAGCCCAAGUUCACCGAACGCCGCGAGGUAG